AUGGGCAGGCGAUCCGCGAGCAAAUCGAAGCGCAAUUCGGUGAUCCGGCAGAGCUCCACAGACUCCCUCCGGAGCCAGAACGGGCACGCCAACGCAACCGGAGCAAUGAACGGCCUCGUCGAACACAGGCGCAAGCAUGCCCCUACCGACAGGCAGUCCACGGAACAUCACACGGCGUCGCUGAUAAGUAGAUCUAGCUUUACCUUGGAUGAUCCCGUGCCGGCCAUGCACCAGGAAGGAGAUGGCUUGUCCAAGGGGUUCUUCGAGAUGUCGAAGAAGGAUCAAAGAAAUUUCAUGCUGUUAGUGCUACUGUACUUCCUCCAAGGUAUUCCAAUGGGUCUAGCGACAGGAUCGGUGCCUUUUUUACUAAAAGGCAUUGUCUCGUACUCCUCUAUUGGAGUUUUCUCGCUUGCAGCAUAUCCGUACUCCCUAAAGUUACUCUGGAGUCCCAUCGUGGACGCGGUCUGGACUCCGAGGCUCGGGCGCAGAAAGAGCUGGAUUUUGCCAAUCCAGACCGUGUCAGGGCUUUCAAUGAUAUGGCUAGGGUCGCAGGUGAACAAGAUGCUGGAGUCUGCGGGUGAGAAAGAGGGGAGUGGAAUCUGGAGCUUCACGUGGUGGUGGUUUGCCCUUGUGUUUUUGUGUGCGACGCAGGACAUUGCAGUUGAUGGUUGGGCUUUGACGCUCCUCUCGCAGGAGAACCUUGCAUAUGCUUCCACGGCGCAGACGGUGGGUUUGACGGCUGGGCAGUUCUUGUCUUACACUGUUUUCCUGGCCUUCAGUUCGACUGACUUCGCGAACAAAUGGUUUCGACCUGCCAACGCACCUGGAGAUACGGGACUCAUGACACUGGACGGCUAUCUUAAGUUCUGGGGCUGGGCAUAUCUGCUUGUCACGUUCGGUCUUGCUGUCAUGAAGCGCGAGGAGCGCACGAAGAAUACCGAUGGCAUCUGGGAGGUGUAUAAGAUCAUGGGUGGCAUUCUCAAGCUCAAGAACAUCCAGACUUUCAUCAUCAUCCACCUUAUCGCCAAGAUUGGAUUCCAGGCCAACGACGGUGUUACCAGCUUGAAGCUGAUUGACAAGGGGUUCAGCCAGGAAGACCUCGCGUUGACGAUUCUCAUCGACUUCCCGUUUGAGGUUGGCCUGGGGUACUAUAUCGGAAAAUGGUGCCAGACAUCCCCGCCAAUGCACAUCUGGUGCUGGGCCUUUGUGGGCAGAUUAGUAGCCGCUGGUUUCGCGCAGUUCGUCGUCUCCAUCUUUCCGCCAGGGGGUACUACGACCUGGUACCUUCUCCUAGUAAUCUGCGAACACGUCCUGUCUACUUUUAUGAACACGGUCAUGUUUGUCGCCGUCUCGGCCUUCCACGCGAAGAUUGCUGACCCCGUCAUUGGAGGGACUUACAUGACUCUUCUGGCUACCGUCUCCAACCUGGGGGGGACCUUCCCCCGCUUCUUCGUGCUGAAAUUCGUGGACAUGUUCACAGUCGCGACAUGCGAGCCACCGACCACGGCCCCCAAACCGGGAACCCUAAAAGGCGAGCUUGUCACACAAGCCUUCUCGUGUGCGCUUGAAGUCGAGAAGCACCGAUGUCGGGACGGCGGCGGCAACUGCAACAUCACGACGGAUGGAUACUAUGUGAUGAACGUAAUUUGUAUCAUAAUUGGGGUUGUGACAUUCUGGGGCUUCAUCAAGCCUUCUGUAAUGCGGAUCCAAGCGCUGCCGUUACGAGCCUGGAGAAUCGCAGCGUAG